AUGUUUAGUCUACAAUUUUUCCUUCCAUUAGCGGUUCUCCACACGGCUCUUGGAAUAGGAUCGAUUCCAUUCCGUCGUCUCUCAAAAGAAGAGAACGAAGAAUUGAUGAGGACCUGUGGAUUGCUCCAUAGCAGACCGCCCGGAAGGACGGAAUAUGUCUUCAUGGCUAGAGUCACUCGCUUUGAACGAGUGUACAGUGGGUUUCUCAUCUCUCCACGUCAUGUUGUCAGCACCACUGACGGAGACAACAAAGAUUUUGAUCCCAAGAGAUGUAAAGGAUACCACUAUGACAUGGAUCCCGCAUUACUCGGUAAUAUCACCAUCACGGUCUACAACUCGAGACCUGAAAAAAUCAGAAAAGCGAUCAAUUUUUAUGGAUGUUCUUCUAAGUUACUUCCGAAGGCAUCAAUAUGGGUUUACGAACUCGAAAAAGAUAUUGAUACAUCAUCUUUUCCCCGCCCAAUUUGUCUUCUGGGUGACGGUAGUCUCUUGAAAAAGGACACCGAGCUGAUGCUGUGCGUUGAUGGACCCGAGAAAUCAAAAUCUCCUGUAAAUCUGACUGAAUGUCCGACAGCAUAUCGUGACGAAUUGUUUUGUGGAGUUUCCAAGAACGCUAUUCACUCCAAAAAAUCCAUGGAUUCAAAUGCAACUGAAACGCCACCGGCUCCGACACCCCUCUCGUCUUUCUCUCUGUCAUCUCGUUGGUCGACAAGUUCUGCCAAGAAUUGGGAGUCUGCGUCAAAGACGCAGCCAUCUAUUCCUGGUGGCGCGGAUAUUGAAUAA